GAGAAGUGUCAUUAGAAAAACUUAAAGUCCCUUUAAAUAAACGAUUACAAAUCUUUAAACGUUACUUAACUCUCUAUCCCAUCAAAAACCCCAUGAAAAUUUCAUGAACUGGUUCUCACAUUCUCAACUCUCUCUUCCCAAAAACAAUGAUCAACAUUCCCACUUCUCUCUUCUUAUUACUCGUCCUUUCCUGUAUUCUCCAAGUUUCCUCCAACGGAGACGCUGAGAUACUCACUCGAGUCAAAAGAAGCCGGCUUCUUGACCCGGAAGGAAACUUAAAUGAUUGGCUCAUAACCGGAGAUAACCGAAAUCCCUGUAACUGGACCGGAAUCACAUGCAACUCCCAAAACGACGCCGUCACAGCCAUAGAUCUCUCCGACUACGGACUCUUCGGUGGUUUUCCGUACGGAUUCUGCCGUAUACGUACCCUCAUCAACAUCACUCUCUCUAAAAACAAUCUCAACGGUACGAUAGAUUCAUCUCCUCUCUCCCUGUGUUCUCGAAUCCAAGUCCUUAUCCUCACGGGAAACAUCUUCUCCGGGAAGUUACCGGAGUUUUCGCCGGAGUUUCGUAACCUCCUCGUCCUCGAACUGGAAUCGAACUUAUUCUCCGGCGAGAUUCCCGAAAGCUACGGGAAGUUCACAUCUCUGCGACUUUUGAAUCUCAACGGUAACUCGCUAGGUGGAAUCGUUCCGGCGUUUUUGAGUAACCUAACCGAGUUGACUCGUCUCGAGCUCGCGUACGUCGGUUUCGAGCCCGGUCCGAUUCCGGCGACGUUCGGGAGCUUGACGAAGCUGAGUAAUCUCCAUCUAACUAACUCGAACCUCGUCGGAGAGAUUCCCGAUUCGAUCGGGAAUCUAGUUUCGUUAGUGAAUCUCGAUUUAGCUCAGAACGGUCUCACCGGAGAGAUACCGGAGAGUAUCGGAAAGCUGAAAUCGCUUAAUCAGUUAGAGCUUUUCGAUAAUAAGUUAACGGGAAAGUUACCGGAGAGUAUCGGAGACUUAACGGCGAUGAGGAAUUUUGACGUUUCGCAGAAUAAUCUAACCGGUGAGUUAACGGAGAAGAUCGCUUCUCUUCAGCUCGUUUCAUUUCAUCUAAACGAUAAUUUUUUCUCCGGAGAAUUGCCACGUGUCAUAGCUUUGAAUCCUAAUCUAGUCGAGUUCAAGAUAUUUAACAACGGCUUCACGGGAACGUUACCUAGGAGAUUCGGUAAAUUCUCCGGUUUAACUUUGUUUGACGUGUCAACUAAUAAAUUCUCCGGUAAAUUGCCGCCACAUCUAUGCUAUGGGAAGAGACUCGGAAACCUAAUUACUUUCGGUAAUCGGUUAAGUGGCGACAUUCCGGAAUCUUACGGUGAGUGUGGUUCACUUAAUUACGUUCGUAUGGCUGAUAACAAACUUUCCGGUUUAGUUCCGGUUAAGUUUUGGGAGCUUCCUCUUACUCGUCUCGAGCUAUCUAACAAUCAGUUACAAGGUUCGAUUCCUUCGUCGAUCUCCAACGCUCGUGUUCUAUCUCAGCUCGAGAUCUCCGGGAACAAAUUCUCCGGUGAGAUUCCGGUGAGAAUAUGCGAUCUCGGAGAAUUGAGAGUCGUUGAUCUUAGCCGUAACCGUUUCUCGGGAUCUCUUCCGUCUUGCAUUAACCGAUUGAAGAAUCUGGAGAGAGUGGAUAUGCAGGAGAACAUGAUCGCCGGCGAGAUUCCGAGUUCAGUGAGUUCAUGCGUCAAGUUAACCGAGUUGAAUCUCUCGUAUAACCGUCUCCGCGGCGGAAUUCCACCGGAGAUUGGUGAGUUACCGGUUUUGAAUUAUCUGGAUCUCUCUAAGAACCGAAUCUCCGGUGAGAUUCCGUCGGAGUUAUUGAAGCUGAAGCUGAAUCAGUUCAACCUCUCUGAUAACAAACUCUCCGGGAAGAUACCUUCUGGUUUUCAACAAGAUGUUUUUAAACAGAGUUUCUUGGGUAACCCGAAUCUCUGUGCUACGGAUAUGGAUCCGAUUCGACCUUGCCGAUCCAAAACCGAGCCCCGGUUAAUUCUGGUUAUUUCCGUCGUCUGCAUCGUUGCACUAAUCGGAGCUUUGGUUUGGCUUUUUAUUAAAACUAAACCGUUAUUCCAGAGAAAACCGAACCGGACUAAUAAUGUAACCAUUUUCCAGCGGAUAGAGUUCACUGAGGAAGACAUAUACCCGCAAUUAACAGAAGAUAACGUUAUCGGUUCGGGCGGGUCGGGUUUAGUUUAUAGAGUGACACUCAAGUCAGGUCAAACACUCGCGGUGAAGAAACUGUGGGGUGGACCGGGUCGAAAACCAGAAUCCGAGUCUGUUUUCAGAUCCGAGGUAGAGAUUCUGGGUCGGGUCAGGCAUGGGAACAUAGUGAAGCUUCUCAUGUGUUGCAGCGGCGAGGAGUUUCGGUUUUUGGUUUACGAGUUUAUGGAAAACGGUAGCUUGGGCGACGUUUUGCAUUCAGAGAAAGAACGUUCUGCCGUUUCUCCGCUUGAUUGGACGACACGGUUUUCGAUCGCGCUUGGUGCAGCUCAAGGACUUGCUUAUCUACAUCAUGACUCUGUUCCGGCGAUUGUUCACCGUGACGUCAAAAGCAAUAAUAUACUGUUGGACCAUGAGAUGAAGCCACGUGUUGCUGAUUUCGGUUUGGCUAAACCGUUGAGAAGAGAAGUUAAUAAUGGUGUCUCUGAUGUUUCUCCCAUGUCUUGUGUUGCUGGAUCCUACGGCUACAUUGCUCCAGAAUAUGGUUAUACGUCGAGAGUGAAUGAGAAGAGCGAUGUGUAUAGUUUUGGCGUAGUGUUACUCGAGUUGAUUACCGGUAAAAGGCCAAAUGAUUCGUCGUUUGGGGAGAAUAAAGACAUUGUGAAGUUUGCAAUGGAGUCAGCUUUGUGUUACUCUUCUCCAUCACCUGAAGGCAAAGCUAUGAAUCAAGAUUCACUUGGAAACUUUCGAGACCUUAGUAAGCUCGUGGACCCAAAGAUGGAACUUUCUACGAGGGAAUAUGAAGAGAUGGAGAAAGUUCUUGAGAUUGCCUUGCUUUGCACGUCGUCGUUUCCGAUUAGUAGGCCGACCAUGAGGAAAGUUGUGGAGUUGCUCAAAGAGAAGAAGGCACUUGAGUGAGACACUUGAUUUUAAUACUAGCAUUGUUACUUAAUUAUAGGUGGGCUAUUAGAAAACUAAUUUAAAAACUUAAACAGCUAAUUAUUCUGUUUCUUUAUGAGUUUAAGAUUGAGAAGCAUCGACUAAUCUAUAAUAUUUUGCAAACUUCACAUUUAGUAGUCUAAAAGUGUCAUUGCUGCUGAUGUUCUCGAUAAACCAAUGUAUAGGCAGACCCAUUUACCAUUAAUCCUCUUGGAAUAAACAU